UAUAUAUAUUCAAAAACAAAUUCCUACCACUACCGGAAGUUGUGACUGCAGUCUGCAGAGACCGAUAGGAAACGAGACAAGACUCUGCUGGACCUGUUGUCUUCUAGAAAAUUCAAAGUAUUGCGUUAGAAAAAAUAGAUUACGACAGUGUUCCAGUAUGAUUAUCCCCGUGAGGUGCUUCACUUGUGGGAAGAUCGUGGGUAACAAAUGGGAAGCUUACCUCGGCCUACUUCAAGCUGAGUAUACUGAGGGUGAUGCACUUGAUGCCCUGGGCCUGAAGAGGUACUGUUGCCGGAGGAUGCUCCUUUCUCAUGUGGAUCUUAUUGAGAAAUUAUUAAAUUAUGCUCCACUGGAGAAAUAACUGGAAGAACUGUAUGGACUUUGUAGAGCCAUGGCUUGGUUAAAUUUGUGUGAUAUCUGACAAAAAAUACAAGCUGCAGAGGACUUUAUUUUGUAUACAUAUUCAGUGAUGGUUUUUUUUUGUUGUAUUCAAAUAAAACUGUUAACACAG